UUUUUAAUCGUAGAAAACCCCAGUGGCGUAACACCUCCUCGCCUGUGGGUGGCGCCAGAUAAAAGGGAAACACUAUAGAGUUUGAGGUUCACGUGGGGGGGAAACGGGAAGAAAACAGCAUAGGGGGAAAGUGGAAGCGAUUUUUGUGAUGUGUUGUUAAAUUUCCAUUGGCAAGAUGUCGGGCCACGAUCAGCUGGCCCACUAUUUGUGUGAGUUAACAAGUUUACUGUGGAAGUUGUUGCUGCCCCUGCUGUUCCUGUGUGUUCUGCUCGUUGCUGUCCUGGUCCUGCUGGUGCUGGCAGUGCGUUUCUGGCUGCAGAGCAACAGGACUGUGCGGCGAGCAAGGGACGGACGUCCCACUGUGGCCUUCUUUCACCCUUACUGUAAUGCUGGGGGAGGAGGAGAGAGGGUGCUUUGGUGUGCUAUCAGAGCGCUGCAGAACAGGUAUGCAGAUAUCAAUUUUGUGGUGUACACAGGGGACCUGGGGGUGACAGGCCAGCAGAUCCUGGAGGGAGCACGACGUCGCUUCAACAUCCUGCUCCCCCGCCCGGUUCACUUUGUGUUCCUGAGGCACCGGCUACUCGUGGAGCCCGGACUGUUUCCUCACUUCACCCUGCUGGGACAGAGCGUGGGAUCUGUCUUCUUGGGGUGGGAGGCACUGACAGAGUUUGUCCCAGACAUUUACAUCGACUCCAUGGGUUAUGCCUUUACUCUGCCUCUGUUCCGCUACCUGGGAGGCUGCAGCGUGGCUAGCUAUGUUCACUACCCCACCAUCAGCACUGACAUGCUCUCUGUAGUCAGAGAGAGAAACCCCAGGUUCAACAACCCAGACUACAUCUCCAACAGCCUCUUCCUGAGUGCCUUUAAGGUGGUCUACUACUGUCUCUUCGCCCUGCUCUACGGCAUGGCCGGCUCCUGCAGUGACCUGAUCAUGGUCAACUCCUCCUGGACCCUCGAUCAUAUCCUAUCACUGUGGCGCUCCCCCAACCGCACCUGUGUGGUCUACCCGCCCUGUGACGUCAGUGCUUUCACAGACAUCCCGCUCGAAGAGGACGGGGACAGGAAGUGCCACUCGAUCAUUUCAAUUGGGCAGUUCAGGCCGGAGAAAGACCACCGGCUGCAGAUUCGAGCCUUUAAAAAGGUGCUUGAUAGGAGGAGGGAGGGGUUAGGGGGAAGAGAGGCACUGAAGUUGGUUCUGAUUGGUGGAUGCAGGAACCAGGAAGAUGAAGACAGAGUGCUCAUGUUGAGGGGGCUGUGCCAGGAGCUGGGUGUGGCUGACAGGGUGGAGUUUAAGCUGAACGUACCCUUUGAGGAGCUGAAGAGAGAGAUGGGGGAAGCUACAAUCGGACUUCAUACCAUGUGGAAUGAACACUUUGGAAUAGGUGUCGUGGAGUGUAUGGCAGCAGGGAAGGUGAUUCUGGCUCACAAGUCUGGCGGCCCCAAGUUGGACAUUGUUGUACCUUUUGAGGGGGGUCAGACUGGCUUUCUUGCUGAUGACGAGGACGGCUAUGCAGAAGCCAUCCAAAGGAUUCUGGCUAUGCCGCCAAGCAGCUGCCUGCAGAUCAGGCGCAACGCGCGUCAGUCUGUGGCUCGCUUCUCAGAUCAGGAGUUUGAAGCCUGCUUUCUAGCCGCUGUUGAGCCACUCAUAGGAACACUCGAGCGAUGAGAGGAGGAAUUAUUCUACAUGUGUGUUUGUGCACGUGUUGUGAUGUUUGAUACUUGGAGCACCUUUCCUCUCAUGCACUUAGGGCUGCAGAUCAGUCAUGAGCUCAAGCAGAGAGCUGUGGAUAAAAGACUCCCAAAUACAGGUAUUGAAAGGUUAGUUCCAGGAUUUCUCCUAAAAGUAGAAAUGAGAGAGAAUAAAGUUUGAAUCAGAACAACUGAAGGCUCUAAUUUGGGGUGAAAAACCCACAAAACAGAACAAAACUAAGUGAUGUUUUGAGCACACUGCUCAACUCAAGGAUCAAAGUCAUUCCCAUAAAACGUGAAUAUGACUCCGAUAGUAAAUCUUAAUGUAAGUAAUGAAAAUGUUCUUCGUGUAGUGGGUGUGAAUUCAUCCACAAUCCUGUGUUUAGAAGUUGUAGUUAAUCGUUGUCUGUUGUUCCAGUUUUGUUAACGUGGUGCGUGUUAAACGGAUGUUUCACCCCAAAGUGGAUCUACUGUGAUGACAUUUAUCCAUCUGGAUUGUUUUGGUAGGUUUGCCAUAGACGGUAGAAAUAAAGUAAUAAAACUUUAUGGUUCUUUGAGCGUCAUCGUAAUUUUUUGUUUUUUUUAAAGAAAAGCAGCAUUUUGAUCCUUCUGAGUACUACAAGGCCAGUGGCAACUAUAUUCAGAAUAUAUUCUUUCAUAUUCAAGAGGCCUCCAAAACAGCUGGAUAAAAGCACAACAGAGCGGUGUUAAGAUGUGUUAUAGUGGCUGACUGAUGCCUAAAUCCCUCAUUUAAUGAGGAUGAGCAUCAUGUACUCCAAUCAGAGAUGUUAUCAGAUUAUGAUUAAAAAAUUUACAUUAAAAUUGCAAGUAAAGCAGGAAAGUCAUUAAUAUGGUGAUUUAGUCCACAGAGUCGUAAAAUAAACAUUUGAAUUAAAGUUCGUUAUUUUAACGCUGAGCGCGCUCUCAGUGCUGCUUUUUAUUUCUAACGUGAUCGCUGCACAUUAGUGCUCUGAAACUUUAAACGAUACUCCCCCACAUGAUUAAAGCGAAAUUAAUUUGACUGAACAUUUAUUCUUUGUGUGUUAGAUAGAAUCAAGUCAUUUUGGGCUGAACUGUGUCUGAAGGGGAACAAAUCGUGUGCUAAACUAUGCUGAAAAGGGAGCAAAAUAACAGGAAACAUUCAUUGUUUACAAGAGUUCGAGUUCCUCACAUUUCCAGAAUGUAUUUUUGAUAUCAAGGAUGAAUGUAAUAAACAUACAGUGAGUGGGAGGGAUUGUUGCUUUUGUGUCUCACUAUAUAAACUGCUAACAGCUGA